AUGCCGCCGCCGGGCGCCGGCCUCUACGUCGACUCAGGCAGCGAUAGCCAGGGCCUCGGGCUCUCCGGCGCCGCCGCCCACAUGCAUAGCUUCGCAGAUCAAGGCCAGUCCUCUUCAGCAGCAGAAGCCUCGCUGUUUGACCACGUCAUGGCAUCGUACUCGGGCUCCUCCAGCAUGUUCCGUUCUCAGGCGCCGUCAGACUUCUCCUUGUCUUUCUUCCUCGGCGGCGGCGCUCCUGCUACCCAAUACUUCUCUGAGGACGGCGGUGAUCACGCCGAAGGAAACCAGGGCCCUCUGCUCCACGGCAAGGAGCCCUUCCAUGGCCAUGACCUGAUGCAACUCCCCGAGCCUCAGCAGCACUACCACCAGCCAGGCAGCAGCAACGCCAACAUCAACCUCCCUGGCUUCUUCUCUGGCACCAGCGGUGGCUGGUCCGGCAGCAACCAGCAGGACGCGCGCCUUGUCAUCCAAGAUCAAUUCAACGGCGGCGCUGGCGGCAGCAACACCGAGCAUGGUAACGUGAUGGCGUCCAUUGGAAGCCACUUCGGCGGCGGCUUCCCUGCCCCAUACAACUCAUCUCCAUCUCCAUUGGCCUGGCUCUCGGCGACGGCGCUCCUGCUGAAGGCGGCUCAGAUGGGCUCAACGUCGAGCACCACCCCCCGCAGCGGCCCCAGCGCGCUGCUCCGUGCAGCCGGCUUCACAGGCACCGUCAGCGGCCAGGAGACUAGCAGGGCAGCAGCAGAAGAGAUGUCUCACGAGGCACACUUCCAUGAUCUCAUCAUGAACUCUCUACCGUCAACGGGAGGCUCCGGCACCGGCGGCUUCUCCGGCACUGCAGGGUUGGCGGGCGUGGACGACGGCAGUCGUCUGAGCACAAGAGACUUCCUCGGCGUCGGCAGGGACGAGGCGAUGGCGCCAACGGCCGGCCUCCACAACAUGGGCGCCCUGGAUCUGACCCAGAUGAAAUGGUACAUGUGA